CAAGAAUCAAAGGCACAAAGAUAGCUCACCCUCGGUUUCAGCAUCCCCUCCAAAAGCUCUAUAAAUACCCCUUCACAUAUGCACCUUGCUGCAUCACCAUUUCACUUCACAACACUCCUCACCUUAUAGCUUAUCAGCACAGCAUCCAAGCUUUUUCUUAGGCAAGAUGAACAGGAAGCCAGGAGACUGGGACUGCAGGGCGUGCCAGCACCUGAACUUCAGCCGCCGGGACCUAUGCCAGCGCUGCGGCGAGCCUCGCGGUGCUGCUGACCGUGGCAGCGGUGGUGGUGCUCUUGGUGGUGACUACGCCAACUUUGGUGCCCGUGGUGGUGGUGGCUCCUCCUUUGGUGCCGGCUUCGGUGCUGGUUCUGACGUCCGUCCGGGUGACUGGUACUGCACCUGCGGCGCACACAACUUCGCCAGCCGCUCCAACUGCUUCAAGUGUACCGCCUUCAAGGAGGAAGCGGCCGUGAAUGGUGGUGCUGGUGGUUUUGAUGGUGAGAUGUCACGUUCAAGGGGCUUUGGCUUUGGUGGCGGCAGCGGGAUGGGUGGCGGCAUGGGUGGUGCCAUGGGCGCCGCCGCAGCCGGUGGUCGUGCUAGUCGCCCUGGCUGGAAGUCUGGAGACUGGAUUUGCACCAGGUCUGGAUGCAAUGAGCACAACUUCGCCAGCAGGCUGGAGUGCUUCAGGUGCAACGCACCGCGGGACUCCGGUAGCGCCACGCCAUACGAAAACUUCUUGCACUGAGGUGUAGGCCAUCGGCGACGACGACCAGAUCGAAGCCGCGAGAGUGUCCGUUUGUCCUGCAGUCCACAUCAUAAGAAGAGAAGAAGAAAGUAGAAUGAUGCAAAAGAAAUCCUCGAGUGCAUGCUGUUGCUAGUUUUGUCUCUUCCCGUUUUAGAAUUUGCUUCUCAUUCCCAUUCGGGACAGUCCGUCCGUAGCUCUCCGCCCGUGUCCGUGCUGUCUGAUGAUGACUUAUGUUUCUCCUCAGUUUUUAUUUCCGUUCUGUUUGCAGUUCGAGUUAUGUAACCCCGAAAGCGUAUGCUUGCUUUGAGAAGUAUUAUUGACUAGUACUGUUGCUUCAUA